AUGUACGCGCUGCUCAAACAUCCGUGCGCGGGCGUGAAGAGCGGCCACUACUCCUCCCUCCUUUGGUACCUUGGUCAGCUCGAGGCGCAGCACCACGGCCGGCUGUGGGCGAGUCGGGACGGAGAGUACCCAACCUCUCCUGCCACACUCUGCGCGCUCGCGCACGGCAGCACCGAGCGCACGACCGAGCUCGCGAAGCUCUUCUCGUACUCGGCAGUGCUGCGCGAGCCGGUGUGUCUCCUCAUCGACGCGGAGUGGGAGCGCUACGUCGCUGCGGCAUGGCAGCACCCUCCUGGCUGGCGAUGCCUUGGCGACGUCAAGGGCAGCUACAUCGCAGGGCUAGAGUCGCAUCUGCGCGGCAUCUGCCGAGUGCUCAUGCCGAUUGCGAUCGCAAAGCACGACACGUGCUUCGCCUCCGGCCGCCUCUCUCUCGUGCUGCUCCGCGCGCUCCACACAGUCGCGGCGCGCGGGAUCGAGAGCGAGACGGCGGUGUCGCUGCGUGCGGCCUGCCAGGCCGCCUUGGCGUGCCUCUUCGAGGCUGCUGAGUGCCUCCUUGCUGCCGAGCGCCCACCCACCCCGCCGCCACCGCCGCUGCGCGUAAGCUUGGGCUUGGCGAGGGACGAGUGGGAUGGUCACGAGCCCUUCAACGAGGACGUGCAUGCGUACACGGCGCGUGAGGAUGCGUACGAGUACAUCGACAGCGACGAGCGGGAGGAGCGGCGGGAAAUAGUCCAUUGUACGCCCGCGCACGCCUUUUAUUCUUUGGCGCGAAGCCGCACAACUGCCGACGUUCGUGCAUGUGCAUGUACAAUGUCCGCCGUCGAGACGUUGUGCGGCGCGCUGGACGAUCUCCCGGCGUCCGUCUCGACCCACUACGGCUCUCUGCUCGACGAAGCACGCGAGGAGGUCGCACGGCUUCGGCGACUCGCCAACGAGCUGCAGGCGGAGCUCAGCGAGCUGGACUCCGCCGUGGACGCGUCGCGAGCACGGCAGUUGCGGACGCCAUCAAGCGUCGGGCCGAGCUCCGAAGCGGCGGCCGCCGCGGCGUCUCGCAUGGCCAGCUGGGAGCAAGAGCGGCGGAGGCUCGACGCCAGCCAGCAGGCGCUGGCCGAGGGCUGUGGCCCCGGAGCGAGUGCCGAGGCGGCGGCGGCGGCGGUGGCGACGGCUGCGUACGUGAGCGCGCGGCAGCGGGAGCAGGGCAGGGUCCCCGCCGCCGAGCCCCUCUCCCUCCAGCGGGCCGCGCCGGAGGCGGAGUCGGCUUGUGAGGCGGGGUCGCGUCUGGCAGCGGCGGAGGCCGCUGCGGCGGAGCUGCGCGAGUCGCUUGCGGCGGCGGAGGGCCGGCUGGCGGCGGCGGAGGAGGAGGCCCAUCGUCUUCGCGGUGCGCUCGAGGACGCCACGAGACAGCUCGCAGCGGAGGUGGAUGCGGCGGCGGCGGCGGAGGCGGCCGAGGCGCGGGCCGUGGCGGCCGAGGCGGAGCUCGAGGUCUCGAGGGCGGCGCUCGAGGCGUCCAGGGAUGCCCUGCAAGGCGCAGAGGCGUCGGCAGGGAGGGGGCAGGAGGCGGCCCGCGCCGACGAGGCGCGGGAUGCGCACGAGCGCUCCAUCUUGGCGCUCGAGAUGGCGUCGCUCGAGACCGCUCUCAGCGCCGCUCUCGAGGCGGCGGCGGCAGACGCCAGGGCGGCGCUUGCCUGCUCCUCCUCGCGGCCCGGUGCCCUCACGGCAGAGGCGGCAACGGCCGUGCCGGAGGCGGCAGCGGCUCCGGCGGCCACGGCGGCCGUCGUUGAGCACGAGCGCGCAAAGGAUCAGGCGAGGCAGGCCGAGAUGGCCGAGGCAGAGCUGCGCAAGCAACUGUCGGCGGCGGAGGAGGCGGAGCGCGCCGCGCGUGCGGAGGCCCUCUCGCUUCGCGAGGCGGCGGCCGCCGAGGCUCUGCAGCUGCGGGCCGAGGUGGAUGCGGCGAGGGCGCACCCGCCGACGCCGCUGCGCGAGGAGCUGACGGCGGUGCGGGCCCGGGCGACGGAGCUCGAGGCGGCCGCCACGGGCGCCGAGGCCGCGGCGGAGGAGCGGGUGGCGGCGGCGGAGGCGUCGCGUGCGGCGGCGGAGUCGGAGUCGGCGCGGCUGCGCGAGGCGCUUGCGGCGGCGUCGGCGCAGGUGGAGGCGGCGGAGGCGGGUGCCGAGUCUGCGCGUGCGGAGGCGGAGGCGCAGUCGGGCUGGCUGCAGAGCGCGCUCGAGGCGGAGGCUGCGCGGGCCGCGUCGGAGGCGGAGGCUUCGCUGUCGGCGCGGGAGGCGGGGUCGCGUCUGGCGGCGGCGGAGGCUGCUGCGGCGGAGCUGCGCGAGUCGCUUGCGGCGGCGGAGGGCCGGCUGUCGGCGGCGGAGGAGGCGGUGGCUGAAGUUGAGGCUCUACGCGAGCUGCUCAAGGCGCACGAAGCCGGCAAGGCGGAGGCAGAGGCGGCACUCGCUGCAGCAGCGCAAGGCACGGCCCUGCUUGAGGCAGAGUCCUCCGCUCGGGCGAUGCGUUUGCAGCAGCUCACGCUUGCUGAAGCCGCGCUCUCAGAAAGCGCGCAGGCGGCACACGCGGCGCGCGACGCGGCACACGCUGAGCUCCAGUUGGCCAAUGAAGCAGCCAUGGCGAACAAGGCCGAGCUCAAGGCGCGGCUGCAAGCGAUCCGCGAGGCGGCCGAGGUGAACGAGGCCGAGCUCCGCUUGGCGGCCGACGAAGCGGCGAGCCAUUGCCGGGCGCUGCAGGUCGACCUCGAGGUGGAGCGUGAGGCGCGGCAUGCAGCGGCCGCUGCAGCAGAGCAGGCGUGCGCAGAGGUCGAGCGGCUGCAGACGGAUCUGCAGGCAGAGCGGGUUGCGCGGUGUGCGGCUGACAGCGAGGUGGAGAGGGCAUGUGCAGAGGUGGAGCGGUUGCAGGACGAUCUCGAGGUGGCGGCUCGCCAAGCAGAGGUGGAGGUGCUGGAGGCCGUGGCCGAGGCGCGGCGAUUGGCCGAGGGAGGGGAGGCUCAGUCGCCAUCGGCGGAGCUCACGCCGCACAAGUUCAAUCGCAAGGCGCGGCUCUUGCGCGCGCGAUCUGGAUCAGACGCCAACAGUGCCACGCGGGCGGCCGAGCUGGCAGGCGCGUCGGACGCGCCCAGGCGACGCCGGCGGCAUUGGCAAACGGAGAGCGACGCCGAGGCUGAGCGCGCACUGCACGUGGAAGUGGAGGCGUUGCGCGCGGAGGCGUUCACGUCCAGGCAAGCAACACUGGAGGCGGAGACGGAGCGCUCAGUUGCGGAAGCCGAGGUGUCACGGCAGCAGGAGCGCGCAAAGGAUCAGGCGAGGCAGGCCGAGAUGGCCGAGGCAGAGCUGCGCAAGCAACUGUCGGCGGCGGAGGAGGCGGAGCGCGCCGCGCGUGCGGAGGCCCUCUCGCUUCGCGAGGCGGCGGCCGCCGAGGCUCUGCAGCUGCGGGCCGAGGUGGAUGCGGCGAGGGCGCACCCGCCGACGCCGCUGCGCGAGGAGCUGACGGCGGUGCGGGCCCGGGCGACGGAGCUCGAGGCGGCCGCCACGGGCGCCGAGGCCGCGGCGGAGGAGCGGGUGGCGGCGGCGGAGGCGUCGCGUGCGGCGGCGGAGUCGGAGUCGGCGCGGCUGCGCGAGGCGCUUGCGGCGGCGUCGGCGCAGGUGGAGGCGGCGGAGGCGGGUGCCGAGUCUGCGCGUGCGGAGGCGGAGGCGCAGUCGGGCUGGCUGCAGAGCGCGCUCGAGGCGGAGGCUGCGCGGGCCGCGUCGGAGGCGGAGGCUUCGCUGUCGGCGCGGGAGGCGGGGUCGCGUCUGGCGGCGGCGGAGGCUGCUGCGGCGGAGCUGCGCGAGUCGCUUGCGGCGGCGGAGGGCCGGCUGUCGGCGGCGGAGGAGGCGGAGCGCGCCGCGCGUGCGGAGGCCCUCUCGUUUCGUGAGGCGGCGGCCGCCGAGGCUCUGCAGCUGCGGGCCGAGGUGGAUGCGGCGAGGGCGCACCCGCCGACGCCGCUGCGCGAGGAGCUGACGGCGGUGCGGGCCCGGGCGACGGAGCUCGAGGCGGCCGCCACGGGCGCCGAGGCCGCGGCGGAGGAGCGGGUGGCGGCGGCGGAGGCGUCGCGUGCGGCGGCGGAGUCGGAGUCGGCGCGGCUGCGCGAGGCGCUUGCGGCGGCGUCGGCGCAGGUGGAGGCGGCGGAGGCGGGUGCCGAGUCUGCGCGUGCGGAGGCGGAGGCGCAGUCGGGCUGGCUGCAGAGCGCGCUCGAGGCGGAGGCUGCGCGGGCCGCGUCGGAGGCGGAGGCUUCGCUGUCGGCGCGGGAGGCGGGGUCGCGUCUGGCGGCGGCGGAGGCUGCUGCGGCGGAGCUGCGCGAGUCGCUUGCGGCGGCGGAGGGCCGGCUGGCGGCGGCGGAGGAGGCGGAGCGCGCCGCGCGUGCGGAGGCCCUCUCGCUUCGCGAGGCGGCGGCCGCCGAGGCUCUGCAGCUGCGGGCCGAGGUGGAUGCGGCGAGGGCGCACCCGCCGACGCCGCUGCGCGAGGAGCUGACGGCGGUGCGGGCGGAAGCGGCGGCGGCUGCGUCGGCCCUUUCCGCCGCGGAGGCGAUGAGCGCGCACUUGGUUCGCCUUGCCGAGUCCGCCGGCGAGGCGCGGGAGGUGUCGCUGCAGGCAGCGGUGGCGCAGGCGGCGGAAGUGGAGGAGCGUGCGAUGCGUGUGUUGCGCGAGCAGGAGUCGCUUCAGGCGAGCGCGGCGGCGGCGGAGGCGUCGCGUGUGGCGGCGGAGUCGGAGUCGGCGCGGCUGCGCGAGGCGCUUGCGGCGGCGUCGGCGCAGGUGGAGGCGGCGGAGGCGGGUGCCGAGUCUGCGCGUGCGGAGGCGGAGGCGCAGUCGGGCUGGCUGCAGAGCGCGCUCGAGGCGGAGGCUGCGCGGGCCGCGUCGGAGGCGGAGGCUUCGCUGUCGGCGCGGGAGGCGAGGUCGCGUCUGGCGGCGGCGGAGGCUGCUGCGGCGGAGCUGCGCGAGUCGCUUGCGGCGGCGGAGGGCCGGCUGGCGGUGGCGGAGGAGGCGGAGCGCGCCGCGCGUGCGGAGGCCCUCUCGCUUCGCGAGGCGGCGGCCGCCGAGGCUCUGCAGCUGCGGGCCGAGGAUGCGGCUGCCAGCGCGCUGGCCUUCGACACGAGCCUCGACCGUGCGUUGACGGCAACGGCUGCGGAGGCGUUGCGAGCCGAGGCAGCCGAGGCGGCCAGACAGCGGCUGGCGCGGGGUCAUUCUGUGGCGAUGGAACGGGCCGACGAGGAAGCCCGGGCGUUGCGGCUUGAGGCGGAUUGGGCGGCCGCCGAGCAGCAGGCGCUGAAGCGGGCGGUGUCCGAGACUGAGGGGCAGCUGGCCGCUGCUGAGGCUCGUGCUGCUGCGGCUGAGGCGGCCGCGGCGGAUUGGGACAGCCAGGCUAGCGUGUUUGCCAGCCGUGAGGCACACCUGACCGGCUUGCUGGAAGCCGCUGAGAGGAGGCGUAUCGCGGCAGAGGCCGACGCCGCGGAAUGCCGCUCUGCCUUGGAAGGCGCCACGGAGGAGCGCACGCGGUCGGUCGUUUCGGCACAACUUCUGGCAAUGUCGGAAGCCGGCCUCCGCUCGUCCCUCGCGGCAGCGGAGGCUUCGUGGUCAGCAGCAGCAGCUGAGGUGGAGUCGCUGGGCGCGUCCCUACGGCAGGAGGCCGCGCGCGCCGCCGAGUUGGAGGCCGCUCGCGUCUCUCUGAUGGGCGAAGUGGCUCAAGCGCAGCAGGCGCUGACUUCUGCCACCGAGCAGCAUGCUCGCGAGAUGGAGGCGGCCCUCGCCGCGGCCGCGGCACGCGAGCGCCAUGCAUUGGUCGAGGCGAGGGCCGUGGCGGCGGAGGGCCGUGCGGAUGCGGCGGCCGCCGCCGCUGCCGCGGCGGCUGGAGGCAGCAGCGAGAUUGUGGCGGCGCUUCAAGCGGCCCACAAGCAGUCGCUCGAGGCGACGUCUGCCGCCCAUGUCUCCGAGCGCGCCGCAGCGGUGGCCGAGGCGACUUUGGCUCAUGAUCGGGAGCGGCAGGAGGCAGCGGCGGCGGCGGCAGUCCAGGCUGAGCGGGCGGCGGCGAUGACGGAAGCGGCGGCGGCAGCGCUAAAGGAGAAGGAGACUGCGGUUUCGCAGAUGCGGGCAGAGGUGGACAAGCUGCGCGGGACGCUCUCUUCGACCAUCCAGGAGGCGCAGCGCGCGUCCGACGCAGCCGACGCGAGGCACGCCACGGAGGUUGCUGCGGUGCGCGCUGAGGAGAGGAACACGGCCGUGGAGGAGCGGCGGGCAGCUCUCGCCGAGGCGGAAGUGGCGCACGGGGACGCCCUUGCGCGUGUGGAGCGGGAGCGCUCCGCGGCGGCGGCGGUUGCGGCGAGCGAGCAGUUUGCGCUCGAGCGCGAACGGCACCAAGCGGCUUUGGAGUCCCAGGCGGCGGCGGCCCUUGCAGCCAAGGAGACAGCGCUGACGGAGGCGCUCGCACACGCAGCGGAGGGGAGCCGGGUGGCAGUUGCCGCAGCGAUUGCGGAGAGGGACGCAGCCUUGGCUGCGACGGCAGAGCGCGCUGAUGCGGCGUCGCUGGUCGCAGCAGAGCUCGAGGCCACGCGUUCAGAAAGGGACGACGCUGUUGCAGUCGCCAAGGAGGCGACCGAUGCGCUCUUAGCUGCGACGGAGGGAGCGCGAGUCGAGUCGGACGCCGGGCCGACGGAUAUGGCCGCCGUUGUGCAGCAGCGCGCUCUGCUCAGCGAGCUGUCUCUUGCCGAAGAGCGGGAAGAGGCGGCGGCGGCCAUGGCGGCGGCGGCGGUCGCUUCUGCGUGGGAAGAGGGUCGAUCUGCCGGCAAGGAGGAGGCAGCCGCAUCGACAGCGCAGGCCCUCGAGGAGGAGCGGGCGAUGGCGCAUCUGGAGGGUGCGGCGGCGGCGGCGACGGCGAUGGUCGAGGCCGAGUCGAUCGUGGCGGAGGCGGAGGCGGAGAGCUUGCUAGUGGCGCUGCGGGCGGAGGCGAGCGAGCUGGCUGUCGCGCGCGAAGAGGCGGAGGUCGGGCUGGCGCGCGAGCGCGAGCGUGCCGACAGCGCCAUGUGCAGGGCGGCGGAGGCGGACGCGGUUGCAGGUGCCGCCGAGGCACGAGCGUCGGCGGCCGAGGCUGUCGUGGCCGCCACAGAGACGGCGCUCGCUUCGGCAGAGGCGGCGGCGGCGGAGGCGUGUGCAGCGGAGGCAUCGGCGCGGGCAGCGGAGGUGGAUGCGUCUUGCGGCCGGGCCGCGGCUCUGGAGGAGGCUGGCAGCCUCCGCACGCGGCUGGCUGCGGCGGAGGAGGCGGAGCGCGCCGCGCGUGCGGAGGCCCUCUCGCUUCGCGAGGCGGCGGCCGCGGAGGCUCUGCAGCUGCGGGCCGAGGUGGAUGCGGCGAGGGCGCACCCGCCGACGCCGCUGCGCGAGGAGCUGACGGCGGUGCGGGCGGAAGCGGCGGCGGCUGCGUCGGCCCUUUCCGCCGCGGAGGCGAUGAGCGCGCACUUGGUUCGCCUUGCCGAGUCCGCCGGCGAGGCGCGGGAGGUGUCGCUGCAGGCGGCGGUGGCGCAGGCGGCGGAAGUGGAGGAGCGUGCGAUGCGUGUGUUGCGCGAGCAGGAGUCGCUUCAGGCGAGCGCGGCGGCGGCGGAGGCGUCGCGUGCGGCGGCGGAGUCGGAGUCGGCGCGGCUGCGCGAGGCGCUUGCGGCGGCGUCGGCGCAGGUGGAGGCGGCGGAGGCGGGUGCCGAGUCUGCGCGUGCGGAGGCGGAGGCGCAGUCGGGCUGGCUGCAGAGCGCGCUCGAGGCGGAGGCUGCGCGGGCCGCGUCGGAGGCGGAGGCUUCGCUGUCGGCGCGGGAGGCGGGGUCGCGUCUGGCGGCGGCGGAGGCUGCUGCGGCGGAGCUGCGCGAGUCGCUUGCGGCGGCGGAGGGCCGGCUGGCGGUGGCGGAGGAGGCGGAGCGCGCCGCGCGUGCGGAGGCCCUCUCGCUUCGUGAGGCGGCGGCCGCCGAGGCUCUGCAGCUGCGGGCCGAGGUGGAUGCGGCGAGGGCGCACCCGCCGACGCCGCUGCGCGAGGAGCUGACGGCGGUGCGGGCCCGGGCGACGGAGCUCGAGGCGGCCGCCACGGGCGCCGAGGCCGCGGCGGAGGAGCGGGUGGCGGCGGCGGAGGCGUCGCGUGCGGCGGCGGAGUCGGAGUCGGCGCGGCUGCGCGAGGCGCUUGCGGCGGCGUCGGCGCAGGUGGAGGCGGCGGAGGCGGGUGCCGAGUCUGCGCGUGCGGAGGCGGAGGCGCAGUCGAGCUGGCUGCAGAGCGCGCUCGAGGCGGAGGCUGCGCGGGCCGCGUCGGAGGCGGAGGCUUCGCUGUCGGCGCGGGAGGCGAGGUCGCGUCUGGCGGCGGCGGAGGCUGCUGCGGCGGAGCUGCGCGAGUCGCUUGCGGCGGCGGAGGGCUGGCUGGCGGCGGCGGAGGAGGAGGCCCAUCGUCUUCGCGGUGCGCUCGAGGACGCCACGAGACAGCUCGCAGCGGAGGAGGGUGCGGCGGCGGCGGCGACGGCGAUGGUCGAGGCCGAGUCGAUCGUGGCGGAGGCGGAGGCGGAGAGCUUGCUAGUGGCGCUGCGGGCGGAGGCGAGCGAGCUGGCUGUCGCGCGCGAAGAGGCGGAGGUCGGGCUGGCGCGCGAGCGCGAGCGUGCCGACAGCGCCAUGUGCAGGGCGGUGGAGGCGGACGCGGUUGCAGGUGCCGCCGAGGCACGAGCGUCGGCGGCCGAGGCUGUCGUGGCCGCCACAGAGACGGCGCUCGCUUCGGCAGAGGCGGCGGCGGCGGAGGCGUGUGCAGCGGAGGCAUCGGCGCGGGCAGCGGAGGUGGAUGCGUCUUGCGGCCGGGCCGCGGCUCUGGAGGAGGCUGGCAGCCUCCGCACGCGGCUGGCUGCGGCGGAGGAGGCGGAGCGCGCCGCGCGUGCGGAGGCCCUCUCGCUUCGCGAGGCGGCGGCCGCCGAGGCUCUGCAGCUGCGGGCCGAGGUGGAUGCGGCGAGGGCGCACCCGCCGACGCCGCUGCGCGAGGAGCUGACGGCGGUGCGGGCGGAGGCGGCGGCGGCUGCGUCGGCCCUUUCUGCCGCGGAGGCGAUGAGCGCGCAAUUGGUUCGCCUUGCCGAGUCCGCCGGCGAGGCGCGGGAGGUGUCGCUGCAGGCAGCGGUGGCGCAGGCGGCGGAAGUGGAGGAGCGUGCGAUGCGUGUGUUGCGCGAGCAGGAGUCGCUUCAGGCGAGCGCGGCGGCGGCGGAGGCGUCGCGUGCGGCGGCGGAGUCGGAGUCGGCGCGGCUGCGCGAGGCGCUUGCGGCGGCGUCGGCGCAGGCGGCGGCUGUGGCCGAGGGCGUGCGCACCGAGGCGGAGGCCGCCCGCGCCAUGAGCGAGCUGGCGGUGGCCGCUGCGUGGGCGGAGGCCGAGUCGGCCAAAAUUCGUGUCGAGGCGGCGGCCGUGUCGCGGGACGCGGCCGCGGCGGAGGCGCGCGACGCGGCGGCCGCGAGUGACCUGGCGGCCAAGGCGGCGAAGGAGGCGGAGGCGCAGCGUGCCCACGCGGCCGCUGAGGCCGGGUUUGAGCUGCGGGUGCAUCGGGCCGAGGCGCAGGCGGAGGCGCAGGCGCAGGCGGAGGCGCAGGCAGUCGCCCUCGCGGCGCAGCGGCACGAGUUUGCUCUCGAUUUGGCCAGGCUCGAGGCGGAGCUGGUCGCCGUCGCGGCCGAGGCGCAAGCGCGCAGGCAGGGCGAGGAGCAGCUGGCGUUUGCGGUCGAGGUGCUGCGGAGCGAGCUCAGCUCCGAGUGCGAGGCUCGCGCCAGCGCAGAGGCCGCCGGCCAGGCAGCGUUGCGCGAGGCAGAGGCGCUGCACGGUCGGCUGGAGGCUGCUGCGCUCGAGGCGGCCGAGGCGGCGGCGGCGACCGACGCCGCCGUCGAUAGCUUCGAGGCCAAGGCGGUCGACGAUGCCGCGCCCGAGGCGGCCACGGAGGCGCUGUGGUCCGAACUCGAGUCCGAGACUGCCGCGCGCUGUGUGGCGGAGGCGGCGGCGGCGGCAGCGCGGGCCGAGGCGGCGGAGGCGGCGGAGGCGGUCAGGGUGGCGGCGGAGGCGGAGGCGGCGCUGUCGCAGGAGCUAGCGGAGGAGCGCGCUCGCGCCGCCGCGGCGGAGGAGCGGGCGGCCGCCGCGGCGGCCUCCACGGCCGCCGCGGCGGCCACUAGGCUGGCUGAGAUGGAGUCGCAGCUGGAGGGCGCCAUCGCGGAGGCAGCCUCCACGCGGGCGGACCUGUUCGUGGCCCAACAGCAGGCGGCGGCGGGCGGCGCGGCGGCGAGUGCGCAGCUCUCCUCCUACAUCGCCUCUCCGAGCGACGACGGCCGCGCGCCCUCUGUGUCGAGCGCGAGGGUUGGCCGCGGCGCCGGCGCUGCCGUCGGGGCCGCCGCCGACCGGCCGGCGAGGUGCGAGCCGGUGGCGUGCUCACCUUGCGUGUGGUCGGGCCUCGGCGUGCGCGUGGAGCGGACAGUGGCGGGGGCAGUGCGGGUGGCGGCUGGCGAGCCCGGCGGGGGCUUGCCCGCGGUUGCGCCGCCGCCGGCCGUCUGCACGGAGGAGCCGCUGGACGCGCUGCCCGCGCGCGAGGAGGCUCCGUGGCGGAGCCAUCCCGACGCCGCGUCCCCACGGCCGGCGCUGUCGCCGCGGUCCCACAACGCCGCCGGCGACGCGCUGGUCAAGCGCCGCUCCAUCGCGGGGACCUUUGACUCGGUCGCGGGGCCCCGGGACGGCGCGGGGCAUGCGGACGGGUCGGGGGCGCCGGUCUUUGGCGCGGCGCCGUUUGGUGUACACGCGGACGGCUCGCCUCGCAGCGAGGCAGAAUGA